AUUUGCAAGCGUUUGCGGAAAAUGGCUGAAGUUGCCAAAACGGAAUUUAGACUACCCUACGCCUCCCAGGGGCCGAAAUUAGAAGAGUGGUUUCUCCUUACCGUUCAAGCAUACCUUGCAAAGCAAGGUAUAGACCGUAGCGAUGCUGCCCCUGUCUGCAACCUGGUAUUGGUAUGAUAUUUAAUACGGGAAGCCCAUCGGAUCAUUAUUGUGGAAGACCUGCUCCCCGCUUCUUUCCAAAUCUAUCUGAAGGGAUCGAUUCACGAUUCAUACCGUUUUAACGAUUGUUUGAUUGUACAGGGGAUUGAAGUACUAUUCGGACAAUCCUAAUGCAUCAAUCGACUUCGCCUUCGAAGUAUAUACCUCGGCGGAUUCGACCUGCAAAGGGAACGGUGGUACCGGACGAAUUCUGGGGAGAUAUUGUAGCGGAGGAGUAUCUCAACCUGGACGAUGAAAAUGUCUCUUUGAGCGGUAUUGCCAUAGAAAUAUCCGUCUCAAUGGCCAGCGUGGUCAGCGUACCUAGUAAUUCUUGAAGCUAUCAAGAGCCACUCUUUGAAAAACUGCAUUAUUGUAUCCUGACAGAUUCGAAUCUCCAGAUGUAUGUGAUUCUCAAUACGGAGGGGUUGUUGUCUGUCUUGCAGUUCUAAGCAAUGUCCGCAGUAGUCGGGCAAUCUAGGACGUAGCAUGGCCAUUAGCC